CAACUUCAUACUGUCGAAGCUUCUUUCAGUCUUGUACAUUUCGAGGCAAUGGCAGUGCAAUACAUGUUUCGAGCUUGAUUACUAUUCACGAACUCUCGCCUCGGAUGGCGCCCCUUUUGACGACAUCCAACAACCGAAACUACGGCCGUAUGCACCAAAAUCCUUUCGUGAUGACUGAUCAUAUAUGAGAGCUGCCUUAUCUGUGUAAGCAGCUACUUCCGUUGUCGCACACGCAGGAAGCACACCAUCGAUUGCAGCCGAAAGGAUCGUACUACAAGUCUGGGCGGGGAACUUAGUGUGAACAUGCAACACCGCGUGCAACGUUGAAAAGCACGGUUUGCACAAGAGGUCUCCAGGUCCAUAAUCUCAAUCGUAUAUGUACCGACCAGACCAGCGACAGUCACACUCUGCGUGACGAUAUGACGAGUGUUGAGACACAUCAGAAGGAAUUGAGCCUCGAUCCGCUCGCCAGCCACGCCGAGUCGCUGUCAACAGACAUGACAGACUCAGAGAAGCAAAAUGUGGUCGCCGCAUCACCACCACCUUCAGCAAUGGACUGGGACGGCCCAGACGACCCCGAAAACCCGCACAACUGGCCCCUAUGGCUACGCAUCUACCACGCAACGACGCCUGGCUUCUUCGGUUUCGCAGUGCAAGUGCCAUCUCCAAACAAUGUCCUUUCUCUACUGACCUUCCGCAGCACAUUUGGCACAUCAGUCUACACAGCAGCUCUCACCGACAUCAUGGCCGAUUUCAACGUGUCCCGCACCGCUGCCCUAGUCGGCAUCACCGUUUACACGCUUGGUCUAGCCUUCGGUCCCAUUUUCUCAGCGCCGCUGAGCGAGAAGCAUGGCAGGAAGAUCGUGUACCUCAUCUCGUCGCCCGUAUUCAUGCUGUUCACCCUCGGCGCAGGGUUCAGCAAGAGCUUCGCGAGCCUGAUCGUGUGUCGGUUCUUUGCAGGGUUGACGGGAAGUCCAGCGCUGGCGGUGGGCGCGGGGAGUAAUGCAGAUCUGUUCCCGCCGCAUCAGCGGGCGAAGAUUACGGCUGUGUUCUUGAUGGCGCCGUUUGCGGGGCCGUCUUUGGGGCCUGUUGUGGGCGGCUUUGCUGCGCAGUAUAAGGGCUGGCGUUGGACGCAGUGGUGCAUGAUCUUCGUUACGUUGGUCGUGUAUGCUGCCUCUCUUCCCAUGAAAGAGACGUACAAGCCUGUCAUUCUAGCUCGCAGGGCCAAAAAACUCGGAAUCGAUGUGAAACCGAUUGGCGACCCUGGAUCAGCAGCCAUGAAGCGAGCAGUCAUAGUCGGCCUUUUCCGACCUAUGCAUAUGCUGGUCACAGAGCCUGUCGUCUUCUUCCUCUCCCUGUAUACAGCCUACGCAUUCGGCGUCCUGUUUCUCCUCUUUGCCGCCUUCCCGUACAUCUUCAUGCGCCCGCCAUACUCCUUCACCACCUCGCAAUCCGGUCUCACCUUCCUCGCUAUCGGCCUUGGCGUUAUUCUCGGGGGACUUACUGGCGUGCUGAUCGACCAUUUCAUGUACCAGACGCAGCACCGCGCAGCCCUAGCUCGAGGCGAGACACACGCUGCGCCAGAGCACCGACUGUACAAUGCCAUGAUGGGAAGCGGUGGUAUCCUCGUUGGUUUGUUCUGGGUCGGGUGGAGUGCAGGGAAGGGCGCACACUGGGCUAUCGUGCUGGUCGGCAGCAUUCCGUUCGCGUGGGGAAACUUGUGUCUGUUUACAAGUGCGGCACUCUACACGACCGAUGUCUACGGUCAAUUGAAUGGCGCGUCUGCGAUCGCGGCGAACGGCAUAUUCAGAUACACGCUGGGAGCUAUGUUUCCCCUGUUCACAGUGCAGAUGUACUCUGCUCUAGGCGUAGCAUGGGCAACAUCGCUCCUGGGGUUCUUAUCAGUGCUCAUGCUGCCAAUUCCGUGGGUAUUCUACAAAUGGGGGCCGAAGAUUCGAGCGAGAAGUCGUUAUCCGGUGGUCAUGUAG